UCUGCCCUCUCAUCCGCCAUGCGGGUCACAAGACAGCGUGCACGCACUGCACAGUCGGCAUCGACGACUCCCAGUACUGCGGUAUCGCCCGUAUUCAGCACCGGUGUUUCUUUGAGAACCACUCCUGAAACCUCCAACAUCGACGAAGAAGAGGAUGAGCUCAUCCUGCCUGACAAGAAGCAAGCCAAGAAGGUCAACACCAGAGUGAGCAAGAAGCGUGCCCGUGAAGACCCUGUCGACGAGGAAGACGAAGAGUUGGAGCAAGCACGGGCCUCCAAGCGUCGCAUCACACAACAGGCUGUCUAUGUCGAGAUAGCCACGGUGAAGGCAACACAGGGCUCUCAGUCGAAUUCGACGCCAUCUAGGGCCGUGCGUGCUCGGAAAGCCUCUAUCAUCCAAGAUGAUGCCUCGAGUUCGGAGGACGACAUAGUGGAGUCCGAUGACAGCGGGUCAGAGUUUGACCCCGAAGGCGACGCUGCAGAGUCAGACUUGGCAGAUGAACUUGACGACGACGACGAAGAGGUCCUCCUGUAUGACGCUACUCAGCAGUCCUUGCAGACCGCCCGUGAGGACCGGGAGCGUGCUGCGGGGCUCACUAGCGCUGGUGCCGGCUCGUCGAAGGCGCGACCUCCCGCCAACAAAGCAGCGGCCUUGAGGGCCGCUGCGGCGGAGCGGCGUCGUGCUCAGGAUGAGAGCUCCGAUGUCAUUGAUUUGACAACCGAGCCCGAGGCGUUGCUGUCUGAGUCGGAGUCAGACGAGGAACCACUUUCCAAGGGCAAGGGUAAAGGCAAGGCCAAGGGCAAGGGUAAACAGGUCGCCAAACCUCUCCCUCAGAAGAAGUCGAUGACCAUCGCGGAACUGAAGAAGCUCAAGAAGGAGGAGCGAAAGCAAGCAAGAGAGCGUCGCUACGUUACCGCUGUGGAAGAGGCCGCACUGCGGAAGGAACUUGGGCGACGUCUUACAUAUGCGGAGAAGUCGACCAUUGCGCUUCACAAGCACCAUGCUGAACUCAAAGAUGUCUGGGGCGACCUCGAACAGAAGAUCGAGGUCGUCGUUCCGCAGAAGGCUGAGCAGCCUGCGAACUUGAAAGUUCAACUUUUGCCGUUUCAACUCGAGAGCCUGUACUGGAUGAAGCAGCAAGAACAAGGCAUCUGGAGUGGAGGCAUGCUUGCGGAUGAGAUGGGUAUGGGCAAGACUAUCCAAAUGAUCUCCCUUAUGGUCUCCGACCACGGCGCGAAGCCCAACCUCGUCAUAGCCCCUACCGUCGCUAUCAUGCAGUGGAGGAACGAGAUCGAACUGCACACAGACAACAUGCUCAAGACGCUGGUGUGGCACGGCGCGUCCAGGGAGUCCAGCAUCAGCGAGCUGAAGAAGUAUGACGUGGUCCUUACUUCGUACGCCGUCGUGGAGAGCUGCUUCCGCAAACAACACAGCGGUUUCAAACGCAAGGGAAUGAUCGUAAAGGAGAAGUCCGUUCUCCAUUCGAUCAAGUGGAACAGGGUCAUCCUCGACGAGGCGCACAACAUCAAAGAGCGACAGACGAACACUGCCAAGGCUACCUUUGAGCUACAAGCCAAGUACAGAUGGUGCCUCUCUGGAACGCCGCUACAGAACCGUGUCGGCGAGUUGUAUAGUCUCGUCCGCUUCUUGGGAGGUGACCCAUUCUCGUACUACUUCUGCAAGAUGUGCGACUGCAAGUCGUUGCAUUGGAAGUUCAGCGACAAACGGUCGUGCGAUGAUUGCGGGCAUAGCCCGAUGAAGCACACAUGCUUCUGGAAUAACGAGAUCCUGACCCCUAUCCAGAAGAAUGGAAUGCAAGGCCCAGGCGAGCACGCAUUCAAGAAGCUGAAGAUUCUGUUGGACAGGAUGAUGCUCCGGCGUACGAAGGUUCAACGUGCAGACGACCUUGGCUUGCCUCCCCGGACCGUCGUUAUCAAACGAGACUACUUCAGCCCAGAGGAGAAAGAGCUCUAUUUGUCCCUGUUCUCGGAUGCCAAGCGGCAGUUCAACACCUACGUAGGCCAAGGCACAAUCUUGAACAACUACUCAAACAUCUUCAGCUUGCUCACUCGCAUGCGGCAAAUGGCGUGUCACCCGGAUCUGGUACUGCGCAGCAAGAACAACGCAGGCAUGUUCGUCCAGGAAGAGGUCGAUGAGGGAACUGUCUGCCGUCUCUGCCACGAGUUUGCGGAAGACGCCAUUCAGGCGAAGUGUCGUCACAUCUUCGACCGCGAGUGCAUCAAGCAGUACCUCGAGGCUGCCAUAGAACUAACGCCCGCGUGCCCCGUUUGUCACGUCGCCCUCACCAUCGACCUCGAAGCUCCUGCUUUGGAGUUCGAGGAGACUGCGAAGGCGCGUCAGGGCAUCCUUGGCCGCCUUGACCUCGACAAAUGGCGCUCGUCGACUAAGAUCGAGGCGUUGGUGGAGGAGCUCAGCAACCUUCGGGCGCAGGACGCGACCACCAAAAGCAUCGUCUUCAGCCAGUUUGUCAACUUCCUCGACCUCAUCGCGUUCAGGCUGCAGAAGGCGGGCUUCACGGUGUGUCGUCUGGAGGGUACGAUGAGCCCGCAGGCCCGUGAUGCCACCAUCAAGUACUUCAUGAACAACGUCCAUGUCACAGUCUUCCUCGUCAGCUUGAAAGCGGGAGGUGUUGCGCUGAAUUUGACGGAAGCUUCGCGCGUGUACUUGAUGGACAGCUGGUGGAACCCCGCCGUCGAGUUCCAGGCCAUGGACCGUAUCCAUCGUCUCGGACAGCACCGUCCCGUGCAGGCGAUCAAGCUCGUUGUAGAGGAUAGCAUUGAGAGUCGUAUCAUCCAGCUGCAAGAGAAGAAGGGUGCUAUGGUCGACGCUACACUUUCCGCUGACGAAUCGGCAAUGGGCCGCCUGACUCCCGAAGAUCUUGGUUUCUUGUUCAGACUAUGAACCACCCUAUCCCGGUGUAGUGCGCAGACGUGCACUAGACUGCCUAUACCCACACCACUGCCAAACCAAGUUUACAGAACCGCGCCUAAU